AUGCACGACUUCUACGCCGAGUAUGAGCGCUACGCACAAAACAGCUCCAAUCUACUCACCACGACACGCGCGGCAGAGUUGGCGAUGCGCCGCUGUCUCUCCAAACGGCGUGCCGCAGAGGCUUUGGAGGUGUACGAAAUGCUGUGCCGGUGUGGUUUGAUCGGCAUCACGACGUUCUCGAGCCCGUCUUCUUCUUCUCCCUCAGCGGCGUUCGAUACGUCUAGACGGACCGCUGAUACAUCUGCAGCUUCGUUAGAUCAACUCGCUCAAGAGGCCCUGAAGCACCUGCCGCAUCGCAAGUGCCAGUACUCGGUUCUGUCGCUGCUCAUGGCAGCUGAGGUCGGUAACAGCGCCUUCGUCAACUCCGUCCUCGUUUAUCCAGAUGAUCGAAGGGAAGAGAGUAGCAGAAGGAAUGCUUCAAAUCGCUCGGACACUCCUCCUUCGAUGCUGCUUCCGCACCUAGAGGACGUGUCUGUUGCAGAGCUAGCCCGCAUCCGUGUUCACCAACGCCUUCACGCCCUUCACACCACUGGUCAGCUGCAGCAGCCCUUGGGCAAAGAGUACUGCCUCGUCGCAAUGCACGAGCUGUGCGCCGACCCCUCUGGUGUGGCGUCAACGACUUCUCUGACGCUUUCAGCAGCGUCAACAGCGUCAACGCAACUGUGCAAUGAAAUCGAAGUAGGCCCCCUCUGUGCCCUCUCCCGAUGCGUGCUGGAGCACCCCUUCACGUACGCCACGCCGUCCGCCGCAUGGGCCCAGCGAGAGCUGCUGUGGGAGGCAGACAUGUGCGGUGACAGGUGGUCGUGGACUUCAACAACAACGGAGACGACAGCAACGUCAACGGCGAGGUCCGUGCUGGAAGAAGCCCUUGCCCCCGCAGACGCGGAACGCUUAAUGCACAUCGACAACUUCGUCUGCCCCUAUCGCGCACUCUGUCGGAGUUCGCUGGAGUUCCUCGACACGUUCGUGCCACAUUGGGAUGCGCUGUUCGUGCGCAGAGUGGCGGAGACGCUGGUGCUGCCGCCGGAGGCACACGUAAUCUUCCCUGCGAACUACAAUAGAUCUCGCGCUGCCGCUGCAGCUGCUGCUACUCGUCGUGGUGUUGCUGGCGGACAAGAUGUGCUGCGCAGUACCACAGGAUGGUCAAAGAACGCUGUUUGCGCGACCUCGACGUGGACAGACGCAUCGGUGCAUCAGCUUUUUGGUCCCCAAGACGCAGCAGGCAGCGAUGUGUGUGUCGCUCAUUCUUCUACCUCCCCCGUGUGUCGAGCCGAAGGUAUCAUAAAGCGACGCGUUCACCACGAUGUCGUGGUGCCAGAUGCCGCCUACGUGUUGCACCGCUUCCACCAAAUUCGGCAGCUCGCCCGCCACCGCGAGGUCAUCGUAACCCAUGCGGUUUUCUUGGAGCUGGUGGCGGCUGCCUCGCGCACCGCGAACCCGCUGCGCUUUCACGCACGCCGGGUGCUGCGUGAGAUCAUGUACGCCACAACCACGGCGGUGACCGCGCGGGCGGAGAAGGCGGUACUCACGAAAGCACGCACCGCGCCGCGCAAGCACCCCAGAGCCACGUGCGGGUUUACCCUCCUCGGGCUUCAGGAUGAGCUGGCGUUGCUGGAGCACUGUCCGGAGCGCUUUUUCCUGCAAGCGCACGCGGAGGCGAAUGCACCCAGCAGCGUCUCUGUCGUGUUGGUCACGAAGCAGCUGGAGCGCAUGAUCGCUGCGCAUGACCGCGGCGAAGAGUUUGCGGUGCAGAGUUCAACAGAUGCUGACGUUGCGGAUGGCGGCGCCGCCUCGACGACGACCAUCAGUGCCCAAACUGCGCAGCUGAACGUGGACAGCUUGGUUAGUCAUUUAUUAGAAGGCAACGUCGGUGAUGCCUCGCUGCGUCCUGUGCCCUCGUCUUCCAGUAAGCGGGCCGAGCCACUCUUCAAGAAUCGCUCAGGCAGGCACUGGGCCCGGUUGCCCGCUUUGGUGGCGACGACGAACGACGAUACGAGGGCGGCUGCGUUUGAAUUGGGUCUCAGCAUGUACCCGCCCGCCGGUGUUGCACCGUAA